AGGAGCCUUUUUAUUGCAGAACCCACAAGUCGACAUACAAGCAAUGGCACGUUGUCACCGCAUUGGUCAAACUCGACCUGUAGUGGUUUACAAGCUGUGCACUAAAGGAACAAUAGAUGAAAGGAUUCUUAAACGCGGUGAAGUCAAACGCAAACUCGAAAAGAUUGUCAUCUCGAAAGAAGCAUCAAAAUUAAAUUUAAACGACUAUAACUCCGUUUUGGAAUUGAAGCGGCUACUCGAGUCCAGCGAGCAUGAAGUUGUCACUUCAGAGAAAGACGUAUUUACACCAGAGGAGUUGGAUAAGCUCUUAGAUAGAAGUGAUCUAGAAGUCCAAGAUAAACACCUUCAGGAGAGUGUAAGUUCUUUAGACAGUACGGAUGAACAGUCACAGGAGGAAUAGAUCAUCAUCAGCAACCCAUCUCAUCAUUCCAGAUAAUUAAUAGAAUUAAAUAUGACUAUUUUAAUUUUUAUAAGUGCCAUGACCAAGUGUUCCGUUGACGCGAUAUUUAUUGCCAGAUACCAUUCUUAUUCUUAGUAUUUCUACAGUUCCUGUUUUUAUAACUGCCUUUUUUAAAAAAUGAUUCCCAAAUCUAUUCCGUAACUAAAACCCCGAUACAGAUAAAUAGAUCAUUGUGAUUCAAAAAUGAACUUCCCAAAAUUUUUAAAAAAAGUAGCUGCGUCCAAAAUUCAAGUAUUAACUAGUUAUGCAACGUAAAAGAAUGUACAUAUUUUUUAAUGUAGGAAAUGUGUAAUAUCACAGUUAAAAGACAUUUUUCGUUUUAGUGAAAUAACGCUUAAUAACUAAUAAGU